GUGUCAUCGACACAGCCAGCGCACCCGCAUCGGAGGGACGAUAGCCCGCAAUCUUCGAAUCGAGCCGCUGCAGCUCACCGCAUGGUCGGAAUGGCCGCCACCGAGACACAAAGAGCUGCACGUAGCAGGAUCAUUACACGUCACAACGACGCGUAGACGUCGAGCUCUCUAUGAAUUGCUAUGGGUCAAGUAUAUGCCACCUUUUGUCCUCUCCUACAUUGCAUUUGAGAUACUCAAUCACAUUCAUGCAAUCUGCUAAGAGGUUGCAACCCAUCGUCUCACGCACACUUCAGACAUCGCGAUUCAGGCCAAUCGGACUUCCGAACUCCUUAUAUCAAACAAAAGUCUCUACAAUCACCGCACCCACAAGAACAAUGGCCUCCACCAGCGUCGGCGCAACCGGAGCUCCAGCCAACGCUCCAGGCGAGCAACAUGAAGUCCGCCAACAAACGACAACGGAGGACAUGAAACCCAACCCCUCAGCAUCCAUUCCCCUCUCUCCAGCUCGUCAAGCUCUCAUCGACGACAUUAUCGCUCUCUACUCAUGCCAACCCACCAUCAAGCGUGUGGAACGCUACACGCCAGACUGUGUAUACGAUGAUCAAUUCGUCUACGCCAACGAUCGCUACAAGAUGGCUGGCCAGUGGUUCGCUCUCCCCAAGCUGUUUAAGGAUUCCAAGAACGAGGGCUACGAAAUCAUCAAGAAUGAGGACAAUCUGAUUCAAUUUAAGAACGAACAGAGCUGGACAUUCAAGAUCAUCCCCAAAACAGCAACGAUCAAUGCUCUUGUGAGCUUAAGUCUCGAGCCUGGGAGUGAAGAUGCUGGUUUUGUGAGGGUUAAAUACCACAAAGACCAAGCUAACGAUCGGGAUUAUUCUCACGAGGGUGUAGGCUUUAGCUUUAAACGCUGGCAAGCUGAUAAUGUCAUGAAACACAUGGACUCCGAGGAAGUGGCAUAUUUCGAGAAAGACAAAGUGGCCGGCAAAGAACACGUGCGAGUGCAUGGAGAUGGUGGAAAGCAGAAUGAAAAUACACCUUUGAAGGAUUUGUGAUGUGGCAUCACCGGUGAUUGGGGUUGAGUGAAAGUGUUGGCAUGCAUCACAAGGCAAAUUCCCCACAUCGGCAGACACGUGAGGACAACCUCACAGCAGCGGACUCGUAUGCCGCAAACUGCAGUCAGACUUCGACUUCGAUCUGAAUACUGCCUUUGAUACGAACAGAUAUCUCGAAAAUAUCAAGAGUUGCAGCGCACCCC